AGAAUUUGCAGAGGCUGAAACACAAUGACGACACCAAUGUCCGAAACAAGGUCGCCGUUACCUUUGCUGUUCCGGCGGCACUCAAGUGGCGAAAUAAAGAACUUGACGUCGGUUUCCAGCAGCCUUUUGCCGGCGUUUGGAACUGUUGUGACCGAUGGAUACUCAAACCUGAACAAGUUCAUUAUAGUUCCGUAUGAUAGAAGAUAUCGGUGGUGGCAAACUUUCCUGGUAGUGCUAGUGGUGUACUCAGCGUGGGUAUCUCCCUUUGAGCUUGCCUUCAAGAAAGUGGCAACUGGGUCUCUUUUACCCGUUGAUUUGGUGGUGGAUGCAUUCUUUGCCCUUGAUAUUGUCUUGACCUUCUUCGUGGCUUAUCUGGAUAAAUCCACUUAUCUCCUCGUUGAUGAUCAUAAGAAGAUUGCUGUACGUUACCUUACAAGCCUGUGGUUCCCCAUGGACGUAGCCUCCACUCUUCCAUUUCAGGUAAUAUACAGAAUUUUCACUGGAAAGAUGAACCGCAAUGAGGUCUUCGGUUUCCUCAACUUACUUCGGUUCUGGCGACUAAGGCGUGUUAGUGAACUUUUCUCAAGGCUCGAGAAAGACAUACGCUUCAGUUACUUUUUAACAAGACUCGUCAAACUAAUUUGUGUUACACUGUUGGCAGUUCAUUCAGCUGGUUGUUUCUACUACUGGCUGGCAAUUCAUCAUAAAGAUGCAGAAAAUACAUGGAUUGGAAUUGAAGUAGAAGAUUUUAAAAGCAGAAGUAUCUGGCUUGGCUACACCUAUUCAAUAUAUUGGUCAAUUGUCACACUUGCUACCGUUGGUUAUGGGGACUUGCAUGCAGUUAAUCUAGGGGAGAAGAUUUUUAGCAUCUGCUACAUGUUAUUCAACAUCGGCCUCACAUCUUAUUUGAUAGGAAACAUGACAAAUCUCAUCGUUCACAGUGCUAUCCGAACAUUUAUCAUGAGGGAUUCCAUAAAUGAGAUAUUGCGUUAUGGAAGCAAGAAUAGACUGCCAGAAAGCUUGAAAGAUCAAAUGUUGGCGCACAUGCAGCUCAAGUUCAAGACAGCAGAGUUGAAGCAAGAAGAGGUGUUGGAGGAUUUACCUAAAGCAAUCAGAACCAGUAUUGCCCAGCACCUUUUCCGUCAUACAGUUGAGAAUGCAUACUUAUUCAAGGAUCUAUCUUACGACUUAAUCGCCCAAUUGGUGUCUGAGAUGAAAGCCGAGUACUUUCCACCUAAAGUUGACAUUAUAAUACAAAACGAGAUACCAACAGAUUUCUACAUUUUGGUGUCUGGAUCAGUGGAUGUGAUCGUGUACAAGACUGGAACUGAACAGAUUUUGUCAAAGCUGGAAUCUCCACAGAUGGCAGGGGAAAUUGCUGUGAUGUUGAAUAUCCCACAGCCAUUUACAGUGAGAACUAGAAGACUCUCCCAAGUCAUCAGGAUCAGUCAUCAUCAUUUUAAGCAAAUGUUACAACCAAACAACGAAGAUGGAAAAACCCUUUUCAUCAACUUCACUGAGCACUUGAAGGGGAUGAAAAAGGAGGAGCAAAACGAAAUACCCUACUUUUCAGAGUUGCUGGAAGACCUAAAUUCAGAGUUCACAGAACCGAAUGAGACACAAAAUCAGAGACUACCAGAUUAUUAUGGAGAUCAAAAAAUGGAAGGAUUGCCAGAAGCAUCUACACCACAUACAGAUCGCAUCAGGGUGAUAAUUCACGAGCACCAUCCAGAUGAAAGUACAAAAGAUGACAAUGGUAUGGGAAAACUGGUAUUUUUGCCCAAGUCGAUCGAAGAACUUUUCGGAUUGGCAGAGAAAAGAUUUGGCAAGAGAGGGAGCUCAAUUAUCAUGGCUGAUGGCUCUAAAGUAGAAGACUUGAAUGUUUUAAGAGAGGGUGAUCAUUUAUUUUUUGUCUGAAGACAAAAACAAUAUCUACUGGGUUUACAUAAGGCCUAAACCGAUGACUUAUGGUCUACAACUAUCAAGAAACAAGAGAUGAGUGAUAGUGUAAAUAUAUUAAAGGGAUACGUAUUGGCAGAAAUGUGCAGAAAUUUUGGGAGAAAUCUUACAGCGUUCCCCCUCCGUUGUUGAGCAUGUCUAAAACAGUGUAAGCAGCUUGUUGAAAUUGUUGUUUCUCUUCCUCUAGCA